AUGUCGUCCUCUGAGGUGGACUCGGCCUUGUUCCUUCUCUUCCCGACGAACCUCGUCCUUUCUCCCAUACUCGCGCUCGUCUUCGUCUUCUUAUCCGUCCUCUGGUUCUACCCGGGCGGCCUUGCGUGGGCGCUCUCCAGGGCCCAGCGCUCGAUCCCCGGUCCGCCGGGGAUCGUCCUCGCCCUCUCCGGCACCGCCGGCCACCGUGCUCUCGCUGGGCUCGCCCGGUCGCUUCAAGCCAUCCCCUUGAUGGCCUUCUCGGUGGGGUUCACCCGGUUCGUCGUUUCGAGCCACCCCGAAACGGCGAGGGAGAUCCUCUACAGCUCGGCCUUCGCCGACCGGCCCAUCAAGGAAUCCGCCUACGAGCUCCUCUUCCACCGAGCCAUGGGUUUUGCUCCCUUUGGAGAAUACUGGAGGAAUCUGAGGAGGAUCUCCGCCAACUAUCUGUUCAGUCCCAAGAGGAUUUCGGCCUGCGGCGAGCAGCGGAGGGCGAUUGGGGAGCGGAUGGUUGGGGAGGUUAAGGAGCUCAUGGGAAGGUAUGGGGAAGUGGAGUUGAAGAGAGUGCUGCAUUUCGGGUCGUUGAACAACAUUAUGAUGAGUGUUUUUGGGAAAAGAUUCGAUUUUGUGAAGGGGGAGGGGGUGGAACUGGAAGAGCUGGUGAGGGAGGGGUAUGAGCUGCUGGGGGUCUUCAACUGGAGUGAUCACUUGCCUCUGCUGGGGUGGCUGGACUUGCAAGGUGUGAGGAAAAGGUGCAGGGGACUGGUGAGGAGAGUCAAUGUGUUUGUGGGCAACAUCAUAGAGGAGCACAGGAAAAGGAGGGAAAAGUUUGGUCGGACUGUGGAGGAUGGGGUGGGGAACUUCGUGGAUGUGUUGCUUGAUUUGCAGGAGGAGGGGGAGAAGCUCUCUGAUGCUGACAAGGUGGCUGUACUUUGGGAGAUGAUCUUUAGAGGUACUGAUACUGUUGCUAUCCUCUUGGAAUGGAUAAUGGCUAGAAUGGUUCUACACCCCGACAUCCAAUCAAAAGCCCAAGCUGAGAUUGAUGCUGUUGUCGGAAACUCCGGGAUUGUCUCCGACUCCGACAUCCCAAAGCUUCCUUAUCUGCAUUCCAUAGUGAAGGAAUCUCUGCGAAUGCACCCACCAGGUCCACUCCUCUCAUGGGCUCGCCUUGCUAUCCAUGAUGUCAAUAUUGGGAAUCACUUCAUCCCUGCUGGGACCACGGCGAUGGUGAACAUGUGGGCAAUAACUCAUGAUGAGUCCAUUUGGUCUGAGCCUUGUGAAUUCAAGCCUGAGAGGUUCAUGGCGGAGGAUGUAAGCAUUGUGGGUUCUGAUCUCAGAUUGGCGCCAUUUGGUUCUGGCAGGAGGGUUUGCCCUGGAAAGGCCAUGGCACUGGCUACUGUUCAUCUGUGGCUGGCUCAGCUGCUUCACCGCUUCAAAUGGGUCCCUUCGGAGGGUGGUGUGGAUCUGUCCGAGUGCUUGAAGAUGUCUCUUGAGAUGAAAAACCCUCUGGGUUGUAAGGCUCUUCCAAGGUGCUGAAUGGUCUUGAAGGUGGUGUUUUGUUUAUUAAAAAUAGCUGUUAUGGUUGUUAUGGUUUAUUAUUAACUCUUAUAAGAAACUUUUGUACUGGGAGAUAGUGUCAUCCUUCUAUCUCCAUGUUGUGACCUUGUUAGUUUGGCAGUUCCUACUCUUAGUUUUUAGUGUUUGUUCACUUCUAAUGCUUAGUAUUAGUCUAGGUUUCUUUGGAACAUGGUUGAAACCUGAAAGAAGUUGCUAUGUAAGAAGGUGUUGUUUGUUAUGUGGUUUGGUGGUCGCUGAUCAUAUGUAUACAAUGUAUACAGCUUUUGGCAAAUAUAAGGAAUGAUAGACUUUAUAUUUACGAUA